AUGGCGACGAGAAACGCAUCCGAUCUCCUGGAGGAGCUCUGCCAGCGCACGAAGCUCGACUGCGACACAAUGGACCUAGACUUUGUCAAGGAGUUUGUCGCUAAGCGCGGUAAAUUCGCCGAUUGCACGUCUAAUCAGUCAAUUGCAUACGCCGAGGCGUCAAAGACCGAUUCGAGUGGCAACUAUGUCCACAAGGACCUCAUCAAACAGGCAGCCGAAUACGCCCAAGGGGUUAUCGACGAUCUCGGCUCUGCCGGCAUCUCUAAAGAGACUCUCGCCGUUGAGCACUUGAUUGCCAAGCUUCUGCUACGGUUCAUCCCUUAUCUGAGCGGCUAUGUGCUCCUCCAAAUCGACCCAAAGUUUGCCUACGAUACUGACAAGAUUGUGGCGACGGCUGAACGUAUCCUUGCGAUGGUCAAGAAAUCCGACCCAGAUUUCGACUCGAAGCGUAUUUGCUUCAAGAUCGUGUCCACAUACCCCGGUCUUGCGGCGGCUAAGAUUCUCGAGGACAAGGGUAUCGCUACCCUCGGCACUGCGUUGUUCUGCAUGGAGCAAGCUUCUCUAGCAGGGCACUCGGGCUGCACAUACAUUUCCCCCUACUUCAACGAACUCAAGGUGCAUUUUGACAAGAACUUCCGGGACGAAAACAAGGCCACGGACCUCUGCCGCGAUGCGACCGCCUAUUACGAGGCGCACCACCAAAAGACCAAGGUGAAGGCUGCCAGCUUCGUCUCUGCCGAAGAGGUGAUGAACCAUGCGGGCGUAGACUACAUCACCGUGUUCCCCUCCAUCAUCAACGAGCUCGCCGAGAAGCCCAUCCUCGACAUGCAGCUCAAGGACGUCGGAAAGUACAUGAGGCCGCCGCCCAUCUCCCCGUCGAAGUGGGAAGACGUGUUCAACAAGAGCAAGGACGGUGACAACGCGAGGAAAUUGAAGGAGGCAAUCGACACUUUCUCGGGAGAGCAGGACAAGUUGGAGGAGUUGAUCAAGAAGGUUGCUGCUUGA